AUGGCAUACCGAAAGCAAAGCUACAUCUUCGAUGCUGGCCGGCUGGGGCAGAUCGAAGGCCUAACCUUGAGUCUGUGUGACGAAUCAGCGGUACACUACUUUGGCGGCAUUCCCUACGCUCUACCACCGACAGGCAAAUUCCGUUUUCGUGCUCCUCGAAAGUUGCCCGAGGAGUAUAGAUAUGGCACAGUUUCGAACCCAGGUCGGUUCACUGGGGGAACAGCAAUCUGCCCGCAGCCUCCAGCUCGUACUCCACAAGACGAGACCCUCUUCGAUGAGGACUGUCUGCAACUAAAUAUCUGGAUACCUGCAGAGCCUGCACCUAAGGAUGGCUGGCCCGUUUUUGUCUAUUUCCAUGGCGGUUUCCUGCAAGUCGGUAGUGCAAACUGGGGUCCAGGGUCAUUGGUGCCACUCCUGAGGGAUUCGGCCUUUAGCGCGAUAAUGGUGUUUCCUGCUUUCAGAUUGAAUGCCUUCGGAUUUCUUGCAAGUGAAGAGCUAACUCAUGACGCAAGGAUCCACGGUGAGUGCAAUGGCAACAUGGGCUUGUGGGAUCAGAGAACUGCUCUGGAGUGGACGUACACGAACAUUUCAUUGUUCGGGGGGAACCCAUCGAAUAUUACCGCUGCUGGAUACUCGGCCGGCGGCUACUCAGCUUUCCAGCAAUUGGCACACGAGCUGUACUCUGUACCACAAGGAAAACAUGUCAUCAAGAGAAUCGCUAUGUUCUCGAACGGCCCUGGCGUGACACCCAAGACACUGGCGGAACAGCAAAAGCAGUUCGACGAGUUUAUCACGAGAUUGGGCAUUUCCCUUGAGCUUCCAUCCGCCCAGAAGGUAAAAAUGCUUCGAAGCCUUCCGUACCAAAAGUUAAUCGAGGUACAAAAGGAGAUGAAAAUCCACGAAUUUCGACUUCUUGACGAUGGCUCGUUUCUACCCAAGGACCUUAUAUCCAAGGUGAACAAUGGGGACUUCGGAAAGAGAAUGAAGGAACGUGGAAUCACCCUUCUAAGUGGAGAAUGCAAAGAUGAACACACCAUUUAUCGGUCUUGGCGAUCACCCGAAGACUCUUAUGACGCUGUCUACUCUCGCCUCUGUGCAGAGUUCCCAGAAAAUACUGCGAGAAAGCUCAUGGGGCAUUUUUGCAGCUCGAAGAAGAAUCUCCCACCUGGUUAUGAUGAUUGGAAGGAUUUUUUUGGUAAGAUCUAUGCCAAUAUCCAAGUCCAUGCCCUUCAGCGUGGACUUCACAACGCCCUGUUUCGAAGCGGCCUCCUUCCCGGUGUCGACGUUCUGCGGUACCGCUUUGACAAGCGCCUGGAGUGCAUCAGCGGAAGUUACCCGGUUGAAUUGGGUGUGACACACUCAAGUGAUGUGCCUAUCUGGUUCUGGGGUGCGAACUUCUCGGGUGGCCUGACUGACCAGGAGAAGGCAAUGCUCAGUGGCUGGAAUCAAGGCUUCGCUUCUUUCGUCAAGGGCGAUAAAGUAGAAUGGGGUCCAAAGCAACCCAAAGAAAUGAGGCGGUGGAGGAGCGAUGGAGAGACGGACGUUUGGACAGAUGACAAUUGGGAGCAGGGUCUAGAGUUUUGGGAUUUGCUCAAUAAGCCAUGA